AAAUGUCUUUCUUUAUUCUUGCUUUUAGACAAGGACUAAAAGAAGAAGUGAAUACGGCCAACGGAUCCUCUAAGAAAAUUUCAAUAUAUAUAUAUAUAUAUAUAUACAUACACAUACACAUACAUACAUAUAUAUAUAUAUAUAUAUAUUUUAUUACGUACUACGCAUUUGCGAGAAGGACAUUGAAAAAACCUCACGAAAACAGCUCGAGUGUAUAUAUCCGUAUAUUUACUACACAUACUACGUGUUCAUACAUUCGAAAGGAAGUACGAAAGUUGUCGAGAGAAGUGCGGAUCCCGAGUUGAAGUCUCUCGUUUCAAAGUACUAAGAAGAAGAAGAAGACGAAGAAGAAGAAGAAGGAAAAGUAAAAGAAAAAGAAAAAGAAAGAUGACGAAGAAUCGUUGUAAGAUUUGCGAGCUGCUCGGUGAAAGCCAAAUCCCGAAUCACGGACUAAGCCAUCCCUGUCAUCUGACGAACCUGCAUCAGCUGAACCAUCAUCUUGCUCCAGGCUUGAACUACAAUUCCAAUCCGAGCAUGAACUACUUGAACCAUGGUUUACUCAAUGGCCUCUAUCUGCCGCAGCUCAAGGACAUGAUGUUAGCAGCCUACUUGCUCAGAGGGUAUUAUCAGCCGGCUGGACCACUGAUACAGCACCCGCCGACAUUACCUCCGGUUAAGGGCCCACCACCGGAACCAACUCCUACGCCUCCACAAAAUUCCGAAGGCUCGGACGAUUUGGUCGCAACAUCGACGACUUCCGGUGGCACGAGUAGUACAGGUGCAUUCAGAUAUUCCUAUACAGUGGAUAUUCCAGGUGGAGGAGGCUUUUAUAGGGCAUAUUGCCCUUCCUAUUAUAGCACGCCACCUCAAUAUCAAGAUCUCUGUUAUCCACCUACGUACACCCACCCUCACGCUCAUCCUCCACCGUAUUACAAGUACGCCCCAACAUACAGAAGAUUUCUUUGUAGGCAGUACUAUGGGUAUCAGGAGUCUGGCGGAGGCGGAGGACCGGGAGGUGGAGGCACGGCUGGUGGUCCUGGAGUCGUCGACUAUCAACCACCGCCACCGCCACCCGGAGAGUAUCCCUUGCCUCCGUAUUACGGGGGCUACCCACCACCACCACCUCCGGCUAAUCCAGCAUAUCUUCAUUCUCAGGGAAGACCUUUCGUAGACCACGCAGCCUUCCAGGGUUGUCCGUGCCCGAUGCAGUCAUGUCCAAAAAACGUGGAUACUGGGCCCCUUAUUGGUAAUGGUAAGGGAGCGCCAGUGGUAUCGGGGCCCGGUCUGUCAUUGCCGCCCAGUGCUUUGGUAGGUCCGCCCUCACCAGCGAGGGGGCUAGCCGGGCUAGCGCCACCUCAUGGUGCCAAUGCCUGGGAUACGGAUCGUGUCCAACUCAACACUUUACGCAACCUCAAUCAGAACCAACCGGCUGUUCCACCGACUCAUAAUAUCGUCGGUGGUCAUAAUCGUUCUCAGAACUCUGACUGCAGGAGCAAGGACGAGAAGAAUCGCGCCGAGGACAAGUUGAGAAAGUGUGCCUGUCAGAAACACGGCUGCACGUCCACUUGCGAGGUCAAGAUGGAGACACUCUCGCCGAGCGAAAAGCUCACGGUUGGGAACUGUCCGAGUAGCAAGUUUCACGAAUUUAAGCUCGAGAACAAUAACGUUAAGUGCGAAUCAUGCAGCGUCGAGAUCGGUGAUAAUUUGGGUUGCGCGGCGAAUUGCAACGUUAAAUGUGAGUCUGACUAUAAGUGCGAUAUCAUGAAGUGCGAGCAGUGCAUGAAGGAGAGUAGAAUGGCUAUAUUAGAGAUUGACAAGGAUUCCGGUAUUUUACUGAUCGACGAUAAGCUCGACGCUGAUCCCGACGUUAAAGAAGAGCUCAACGACGUCGUCGUGAUAGGCAACGAGAAUUGGAAAAAACCGGAUUAUGAACCGACCGUUCAAGAAACGGUCGAAGAUAAGGAAGAGGUCAUCGAAAAGGUAUUACCGGUGCAAGAGGAGGAAGAAGAAGAAGAAGAGGAGGAGGAGGAGGAAGAGGAAGAGGAGGAAGAAGUUGAGGAGGGAGAACAACCAAAGUGUCAGAAAGUAACGAAACGAAAAUUAUCCUUGGACAGCUUGUCGGAUGGUAGAAAGAAACGAAAAGUUAGCAAGAGGACUCUCUCGGUUGGCUCGACGCAAGAUCUAACAGUUAAUAAUAACGAUCAUACGAGUAAAGUGAUAAUAGCACCUAUCGAACCACCCCCGCUAUUCGAUAAGGUGGACGGUAUCGUCGAAGCGUGCCUUCCGAAAAAGAAACAGGCCAAGAAGGAGAGUCAGAGUCAUCAACAAGGGCAGAAACGUAAAGCCGAGGCUCCGAAUAAUUCCGAAUCUGCUAUGAAAAAAUCAAAGAGUACGAAACAAACGGCGAGUAAUAACAGCGUCACGAGUAAUUCGAAAUCACCUGCUAGCGAAACUUCCAUCAAUGAGACCAUCGACAAGGUUAUACAACAGAGCUUGCAAAUGACCCAGAAAAAAGAUCGCAAAUCAAAGUCUAACGAUAAGUUGGAUAAUAAUAAAAAGAACAAGGCUACUAAUAUUUUGAAAAAGGUUGGUAAAAAGUUGUGUUUAGCCAAGAAGUUUGAAAAAUUGUCAAAGAUCGUUACGAAGAUCAGUCAGAGCAAGGGUAAAUCUGAAAAGGCUACUAAGGGUAAAACGCAAGACGUCAAAUCGAGAAGUAGAAGCAAGGGUAAUAAAUCACAGGAGACUAAAUCUAAGGGGCAAGAUACUAAAUCGAAAGAUAGUUCGAAGAAAAACGAAGCGACGACCAAAGUUAAGGCUAGUGGUGGUGGCGAGGCUAGCGAAGAUUCGAAAAAACCAGCUUUGAUUAAGAAGAAACGAAAGAGUACGAAAAAGUCUAGCGUAAAGAGAGUAACCUCGAAAAUCGAGGACAAUUUAGGUGGGAGCGAACAUUUAUCCUUGACUAGAAAAACAUUUUUAAAGCCGAAAUGGAGCAACGGCUGGAGUUGGGAGGGUGAUGCUUUUGAAGCCAAAGUUUAUUUAACGAACGAGGAGUCAGCAAUACGUCGGUGUUAUACUAGCAUGAAACACGAAAGCGGUGAUGUCCUGAAACCCAGAGACUGUGUUUUACUCAAGAGUGGACCAAGGAAGGCCGAUUUGCCGUUCGUUGCAAAGAUAGCUGCGCUUUGGGAAAAUCCAGACGACGGGGAGAUGAUGUUUUCAUUACUGUGGUACUACAGGCCGGAACAUACGGAACAGGGACGUACGCAAUGCGACACCGAAGACGAGGUGUUUGCUUCUCGUCACAAAGAUGCUAACAGUGUCGCUUGCAUAGAAGACAAGUGUUAUAUUCUAACGUUUAACGAGUAUUGUCGCUACCGCAAGGAUUUGCGAAGAAUCGAGGAGGGUUUGGAGAGUCCCGGUUUAAUAGUUCCACCAGGGGACCAAGUAUAUCCGAGAAAAAAUCGGCAACCACCGAUACCGGUACCGUCGGACAUGGUACUCUUCUGUCGGCGUGUUUACGAUUAUCGCGCGAAAAAACUCGCAAAGAAUCCUGGAUGACUCGAAUUCCUAUAAGAUACUUCUUCAAAUAGGAACCAAUGGAAUGCACAAAGUUUGCAAGCCACAUUGAAACUGACCGCAGGUGUCUCCCUUCAAGCUUAAUGACGACGUCGUACCGAGCGAUUCUUCCUGAUCUCUCAAUUUUUCUUCCUCGUUCGUUCAUACAACUUUUAUUAAAUUAUUAAUUUGUUCCCUUUUUUUUUUUUCUUUUUUUUAACUCAAAUCCCGAUUGCUUUUAAUCGUAUUAACUUUGUUGAUAUUUUUCUACGAGUAUACUUUUACUAUGCAUAAUUUUUUCUCAAUUAUUCCCAGAACGUUUUUUCUUUUAAUUAACGUUCAAUAUCUAUUUUUUUUUGGUUAUAACUUAUAAAUAUUUAAUUUAUAUGAAUGACCGUAUGCAUAAUUUAUAUCUAAAAAGCAUGAAAUGAUAAUGAUACAGUUAAUUAAUUAUGAGAUCACGAUGAAUCAUUCGUAAGGAAAAAAAAAAAAAAAAAAAAGAAAAAAAAGAAAAAAGGAAAAAGAAAAAAUACAACAGACGAUAUAAUAUCCGUUUUUAGAUUUCGCGUCGAUCGAACGAUCAUUUCUAAGAUUCAAACAAAAGGUUAAUGAAUGACGUCCGAUUAUUAAAACAUACGUACAAUUGCACGCAUAAUUGACAUAUAUACAUAUAUACAUAUAUAAAUAUGUAUAUGAAUAUAUCUUCGAUAUCUUCCCGAUAUCUUUCCUACAUCAAUAGAACGAUAGUAGAGGAAAGAAAAUAAAAAAAAACGAUCGUUCGUAAUCGAUGCAAAAUCGUCGACGUGUUUCGACGACGACGACGGCAACAGAACGUGAGAAACGUUUAUAGCGAAUUAGUAGAAUUUGACAAUUUUAUAGAAGAGAAUAUAAUAUUUUUUGCGAAAUAGAAAUGAGCAGCGUGUACGAGCUUUAAAUGAAUAUUUUUCACAUAGGAGGUACAAAUAUACGACGUGAUAUUUCUUGGGUGGGAACCUUCGGACAGUUUCAAGGUAGGAAUCAAGAAAAGAAAAAAGAAAAGAAAAGAACGAACGAACGAACGAACAAAUAAAUAAAUAAAUAAAUAAAUGAAUAGACAUGAAAAAAGAAAAUAAGAACACUCGACGACCACAUUUAGCGAAAAAAAGAACAACAAUAACAAAACAGUAACAGCAACAAAUAAAAAUAAAUAAAUAAAUAAAUAAAUAAUAAUAAUACAGAAAUUUAUAGCGAAUAUAAUAAGAUGAACGCGAUACGACGCGUUUAUUUGGUUAUAUAAAAGAAAAAGAAACAUUUUAGUAGAAUUAUAAUAACGUAAAAGAAAAGUAUGAUGACGUGAUACUUUCGUAAUUCAAUUCUGCGUUAGCAACAACCCCUCAUCGUUCGGAAUUAGUAGGACGUCGAAAUUUAAUUCGAUAAUAUCGAAUUGCUAAAACGAAGAUACGAUGUCAGGAAUUCAAGAAAAAGAAAUUAAAACAAAAACAAUACAACAAAAUAAUAAUAAUAUAUAAUAAUAAGAAAAAAAAAAUAUAUAUAUAUAUAUAAAGCCAUAUAGGAGAAAACGUGAAGGAAAAAUAAAACAAAAAUCAUAAGGAACAAAACUGUCAGGCCCGCGCACACGCAUAAAAAAAAAAAAAACAAAAAUCACCUUUUAACGUUAUCGUUAUCGUUAUCGUUAUCGACGAUGUAAAAUGCAUUAUUUAUUCAGUGGUCCAGAAGAAUAGGGAAAAUAAAAGAAAAAAAAAACAAGAAUCAUUUCUGGAUGUACUUAGGCUCGAUUCGAUCGAUUAAUUAAAGAAUUCAAAAAUAAACUAAUAGAAUUAAAGAAUCUCUUAAACUGCUCGUUCGUUUAUCGAGAAAAAAAUUGUAUUUUCAUUUCGAAUACGAAUUUUACGCGCGAGUAAUCCAAUUUUGUAGAUUUAUUUUUAAUCUGAAAAAAAAAAAAAAAGAAUUUUUACCGCAACA